AUGUCGAAGCAAGUUGCCGAAGAAACUCACCUCCCCGACGCCGACGCGAAUGACUUCCAGGGUCUCGUCCUCGCCGAUGUCAUUCCCCGCGAUCGCAAGCCAUGGUACUCCGACUGGACACUAUGGAAACUCAACCUUCUCCUCCUGAGCGGUCUCUUGACCCAAACCGCUACCGGGUUUGACGCGAGUAUGCUGAAUGGAGCGCAGUCGCUGCCUCAAUGGCAGGAAUAUUUCGGCCAACCCAAGGGGACGCGUCUCGGCGCUAUGACGUUUGGACCCAACGGUGGUGUUCUCAUUUCGAUCCUCAUUUCAUCCCAGCUCUGUGAUUGGCUUGGACGAAGAAAGCCUAUCUUUAUCGGAUCGAUUACUAUCAUUGUUGGCGCGAUUGUUCAGACUUGCUCGUAUAACUAUGGCAUGUUUGUUGCUUCGCGCUUCAUCAUCGGUUUCGGUCUCGGUAUUGUUUCCACUGCGGCGCCUCCUCUCCUCUCCGAAGUUACAUACCCAACGCAUCGCGGAAAGAUGACAUCUUUCAUGAUGGUCUCGUGGCCGCUCGGUGCUAUCAUCGCUGCUUGGGUCACGUACGGAAGCUUCCAGAUGCAGAGCUCUUGGGCAUGGCGUCUCCCCAGUCUUCUUCAGGGCGCUUUCUCUGUUGUUCAGGCUUCGUUGGUCAUGUUUGCACCUGAGUCUCCUCGAUGGCUCAUCUACAAGGGUCGAUAUCAGGAAGCUAAGGAUAUUCUCGUCAAGUGGCACGGAUACGGAGACCCCAACUCUCGAUUGGCCCGCUUUGAGAUGGCUGAGAUCACAGCGACACUCGAGAUCGAGAAGGUUCAGAAGAAGUCGCGCUGGGCCGAGUGGAUCUCUACUCGCGGCAACUGGCACCGAUUCUUCCUUGCUCUGUACAUCCCCGCCAUGUUGCAGUGGUCCGGCAAUGCUCUCACCUCUUACUAUCUUGCCAAGGUCCUCAACUCGAUCAACAUCACCGACCACAAGACUCAGCUUCUUCUGAACGCUGGUCUCCAAAUCUGGGGCUUCCUGUCAGCUGUCGUAUUCGCCACCAUGAUUGACAAGUUUGGUCGACGCAGACUCUUCCUCGUUGGUAUGUCGGGUAUGGGUGUUUCAUACAUCAUCUGGACAAUCUGCUCUGCCCGCAACCAGCAGGAGAACUUUGAGCACAUGGGCUACGCUGGUGCCGUUCUGGCCAUGAUCUUUGUCUUCUCUUUCUGGUAUCACGCCUGUUCUCCCAUUGGUGCCACUUAUAUCAUGGAGGUCACCCCAUAUUCGCUUCGUGCCAAGGCUUCUAUGCUGUACCAGCUCACUGGCAAUUUGGCGGGUGUUUACAACGCCUUCGCCAACCCUGUUGCUAUGGAGGCUAUUGCUUGGAAGUACUACAUUGUUUGGUGUGUUGCGAUCGCUGUUCACUUGACUUUGAUCUUCUUCUUCUUCCCCGAAACCAAGGGCUAUUCUCUUGAGGAGGUGGCUGAGAUCUUUGAUGGACCUGAUGCUCCUGUCGGGGCGAAUGCGAUUGGGCAGAAGAAGAUGGAUGACAUGGCGAUGCACAAGGAAUGA